CCAACGUUAAAAUGUCCGCAACGAUAAAUCUCAAACUUGCCCGCUAUAAGUUCUCUAAGUAUUUGUUGUACACCUGCUUAUGUCAGAAGUCAAUCAAAUCAUUGUCAUUCAAGCUACCGAGCCUUAAGAGCAGAAGGAACCCUAGUUUUCCAUCCAAGAGUCUCUUGAAUCAGAUUUUGUUCCGAAGCCUAGUAAAUGUCUUUAGGAGAUUUGAUACGAGGAAGAAGAAGGUUCUGAGUAUGAGUAAUUUUAAGAAGUUACUGGAGCAUUUUGAUAUUGAAUGAGAUAAACAUGAAAUCAAAGGAGUUUUUAAUAUGUUUGGGAGUGGAGAGAAGGAGUUUGGAGUAAUGGAAACUGUAAAUCAUCAGAUAAAGCUCGGUGAAUUUCUAAGUUUAUUCAAUAUACAAAUGGCAAAUAGCAGAAUUAAUUCUUCAAAAUUUGAGAUAACCGAGAGAGAAGAAACCACUAUUUUCUGUUACAUAAAAAUGAUGUUAAAGAACCAAAUAAAUCUUCAGAAAAAGAUUAAUAAAUUUCAAUGAGCUCUGAAGCUCUCCUUUGAUUUUGUCACUUUACUAAAGCUCUUCGGAUUCUCUCACAAGAAUCAAUAUAUUUCCAGAAGAGAGCUCAUUGAAAUGAUUGAAAAUGAUACAGGAGAAGUACUAGACCCUGAGGAUCUAGACCAUGUUUGUAGAGAUAUGGAAUUAUGCCAAGAAUUACCUAUAAUAGACUUGGUCCUAUCAAUUUAUGACUCUGAGAAUCGUGAAGAGCUACAGAAAUUAUCUUUGGUCACAGGCCCAUCUGAAACAAUGGUUUGUCAUGAAGAACUCUUUAAAUACCUCUAA